AAUCAGAAUCUACAUAUAGAAACAUGAACAUUCCAACUGUGCUAGCUUUACCAUUCCCAGCACAAGGGCAUGUAAAUCCCAUGAUGACCUUCUCACAAAAGUUGGUUGAAAAUGGAUGCAAAGUCAUUUUUGUGAACACAGAUUUCGUCCACAAGCGAGUGGUGAGAUCCAUGGUGGAGCAACAAGAUCAUAGCCUCGAUGAUUCGUCGUCACUGUUGAAGUUGGUCUCAAUCCCUGAUGGUUUGGGACCUGAUGAUGACAGAAACGAUCAGGCCAAGCUAUGUGAAGCUAUUCCAAGUUCCAUGCCAGAAGCCCUUGAGGAGCUCAUAGAGGAUAUUAUUCAUUUGAAAGGUGAGAAUAAUAGAAUUAGCUUCAUUGUUGCAGAUUUGUGCAUGGCUUGGGCGUUGGAUGUUGGGAAUAAAUUUGGAAUCAAAGGAGCUGUUUUGUGUCCUGCAUCAUCAACUCUUUUUACGUUGAUGUACAACAUCCCCAAGCUUAUUAACGAUGGGAUCAUAGAUUCUGAUUAUGAAUUAACAUUGACAAAGGAAAAGAGAAUUCGGAUAUCACCAAGUAUGCCUGAGAUGGACACAGAAGACUUUUUUUGGUUGAAUAUGGGUCACCCAUUAACUGGUAAGAAAGUACUCAAGUAUUUGGAGCAUUGUACACGAAAUUUACAUUUGACAGAAUGGUGGCUUUGCAACACCACACAUGAACUUGAACCUGGAACAUUAUCCUUUGUUCCCAAGAUCCUCCCAAUUGGCCCAUUGUUGAGAAGCCAUACAAAAUCAAUGGGACAAUUUUGGGAAGAAGAUCUCUCUUGCAUGAGUUGGCUCGAUCAACAACCUCAUGGUUCUGUCUUGUAUGUUGCCUUUGGUAGUUUCACUCUUUUUGACCAAAACCAAUUCAAUGAACUAGCUCUUGGACUCAACCUCACCAAUAGACCUUUUCUUUGGGUUGUGCGUGAAGACAACAAGUUGGAAUACCCUAAUGAAUUCUUGGGGAGUAAAGGUAAGAUUGUUGGUUGGGCUCCUCAACAAAAGGUGCUAAACCACCCUGCCAUAGCUUGUUUUGUGACCCAUUGUGGUUGGAAUUCUAUCAUGGAAGGUUUGUCCAAUGGGAUCCCUUUCUUGUGCUGGCCAUACUUUGCAGACCAACUUCAUAACAAAACACAUCUUUGUGAUGAGUUGAAGGUUGGGCUGGGAUUUGAUAAAGAUAAAAAUGGACUCGUGUCACGCAAGGUGUUUAAAAUGAAAGUGGAGCAAUUCUUCAAUGAUGAGAACAUAAAAUCUAGGUCUAUGGGGUUGAAAGAGAAAGUCAUGAACAACAUAGCGAAAGGAGGUCCAUCUUAUGAGAACCUUGAUAGGAUUGUCAAGUGUAUAAAAGAAUAAGAAUUGACAUUUGUUGCAUAUGUUGAUUCUGGGUUUGGAUUUGUUUGUUCUACGGUAUACCGUGAUCAUUUGUAUAUAUGAUCCUCAAUAAAUCAUGCAGUCAUUUCAAAAAGGUUCAGGAACCUAAUAUUAAAUAAAAAUUUAGUUAAAGUAUA